AUGCUGAUAGAUUACACUCAGUGUGGACAGAUCAUAAAGGCUUCAGAGCUUUUUCAAGCAAUGCCUAUUAAGUCAGUUGUUACUUGUAAUGCCAUGAUACGUGGUUACGGUCAAAAUGGAGAGGUAGCUAAAGUAAGGGAAGUUUUUGAUAAUAUGAGAGAUAGGGAUGAUCGGACAUGGAGUGCAAUGAUUAAAGUUUACAAACUAAAAGGUUUUGAUUUGGAAGCCCUUGACUUGUUUGCUUUGAUGCAAAGAGAAGAUAUAAGGCCGAAUUUCCCUUUAAGUGUUCUAUCUGUUUGUGGCAGCUUGGUGAAUCUUGAUUAUGGUAGACAGAUUCAUGCCCAGUUGGUGAGGAACCAGUUUGAUCUUGAUGUAUAUGUUGCUUCAGUAUUGAUGACAAUGUUUGUUAAAUGUGGCGACCUUGUGAAGGCAAAACAGGUGUUUGACAGGUUUUCUGCAAAGGAUAUUGUUAUGUGGAACUCAAUGAUCACUAGUUAUGCCCAACAUGGUUUAGGAGGUAAAGCUCUACAACUGUUUGAUGAGAUGUGCUCUUUGAGCAUAGCAGCAGAUGAAAUCACCUUUGUUGGAGUUCUUUUAGCCUGUAGCUACAGUGGAAAUGUAGAAAAAGGUCUUGAGAUUUUUGAAACAAUGAAAUCAAAUUACCAGGUGGAGCCAGGAACUGCACAUUUUGCAUGUAUGGUUGAUCUGCUUGGUCGAGUAGGACAAGUAAAUGAGGUAAUGGGUUUAAUUAAUAGGAUGCCAGUAGAGGCAAAUGCGAUUGUUUGGGGUGCCGUAUUAGGUGCAUGUAGACAGCAUAUGAAAAUGGACUUGGCGGAAGUUGCAGCAAAGAAACUUACAGAGCUUGAGCCCUAUAAAGCAAGGCCUUACGUCUUGCUAUCUGGUAGAUGGUAUGAUGUUGUAGAGGUGAGGGAAAACAUGAGAGCCAGAAGUCUUCGCAAGUUACCUGGUUGUAGCUGGAUUGUGGUGGAGAAAAAUGUGCAUAUGUUUACUGGGGGAGAGAGCACGGGUCACCCAAAACAUGAGAUGAUCAUGAGAGAGUUAGAGAGACUGGGUGUAUUAUUAAGAGAAACUGGUUACUGCCCUGAUGGGAGCUUUGUAUUGCAUGAUGUAGAAGAAGAAGAGAAGGCGCACAGCUUGGUUAUCAUAGUGAGAAUUGGCCAUAGCAUAUGGGCUCCUGAAGGUACCAAAAGGGAUGCCAAUUCGUUUGAUGAAGAACCUUAG